AAGUUCAACGUCAAAGUUCUGUUGCAUAUUGUAUAAUUUGUCAAGUUAGUCAGAGUUGCAAUAUGGACAGUGAAUGUGUGGUUUGACAGUUGCAUAACCGAGUUAGUAAACAUUGCGUUGCGAUCAGCUGAUCACGCUCUGGUUUUGGGAUAUAAAGUAAGUGGAAGUCCUUGGAUUUUAGCCAGGAGACGGACGCAACGACCAAAACGACGAUAAAUUUUCUUCUCAACAAUGUGUCCCGCAGACCACAAAUCCCAUGUCACUUGACUGAUGGGUUCUAGCAACUCCUCUAACAGACAGAAUCAAAGUCAGAGGAUGACGGAACCUGCAGAAACGGGCGCAGCUGGAGCAGGAACAGAAGCCGACGAAGAUCAGACAGAUAUGCAGGCCAUCAUAGCUUAUCUUAUACGAAGUGGACAAGUUAGAAUCCUUAGGCAUGAAGAAGAUGACAGUAACGAAGAUGAUGAUGAAGAUGACAACGAAUUUUAUGGACCAGCUAACCCUCCAAAAGCUGAUCAAAACCCAGACACAAGUUUAUUGGAGAAAAAUGACCUGAAGCAGGUGAUACUUGACAAAUCUGGACGGACACAGAAGCGAUCUCGGAUGUCUAUCCCUACACUACCACAUAUGAUCCAGAAUAGAGAAGUCGGAGCCAACAGAAGUCAGCAAUUUACAGUAGGGGAUCAAAGAAUCCUUGGAUGUCAGUUUCUUCCCAACCACAAGGAAGAAGUGGCUAGAUAUCAUCACAAAGUUUUCUGUGGAACCUACUCUAAAGAUGGCAACAUAUUCCUCACAGCAUGUCAAGACCAACAUAUACGAAUAUAUGACACAACCAGGGGUAAUUUUAACUUGCUCAAGACAAUUCGAGCCAAAGAUGUUGGAUGGAGUAUACUUGAUACAGCUUUCAGCCCAGAUGGUAACUAUGUCAUCUACUCCAGCUGGUCUGACUGCAUUCAUCUAUGCAAUAUUCAUGGAGAAUAUGACACCCACAAUGCCUUGCACCUGUUUCCAGGGGAACACAGCUUUUGUAUAUUUUCACUUACCUUUUCCUAUGAUAAUCGAGAAAUUCUUGGAGGUGCUAAUGAUGGUUGCCUAUAUGUGUAUGAUAGAGAGAGUAACCAAAGGACACUUCGGAUUGAUGCCCAUGAAGAUGAUGUGAAUGCCGUGGCCUUUGCUGACAGUUCCUCACAGAUUUUAUUUAGUGGAGGGGAUGAUGGUUUGUUAAAGGUUUGGGACAGACGAACCCUGCGUGAGGAGAAUCCGGUCCCUGUUGGCAUAUUGGCAGGUCACUCCGACGGUGUCACCUACAUAGACUCCAAGGGAGAUGCACGGUUCCUCUUGUCUAACUGUAAAGAUCAGUCCAUGAAGCUAUGGGAUGUCCGUAUGUUCUCAUCCGAGGAAGGCAUUCAGUCUACAAAGAAAGCAGUAGCCAAACAGAGAUGGGACUACAGGUGGCAACAGUUUCCGAAAAGAGCCUCUAAGAAGAAGAUUUUGGCUGGGGACUCCUCUAUCAUGACCUACAGAGGUCACUCUGUUCUGAAUACACUGAUUCGAUGUCAUUUUUCACCGGAGAUGACCACCGGUCAGAGAUAUGUGUACUCCGGUUGUGCUAGUGGAACUGUUGUAGUGUAUGACCUGUUGACGGGAAAGAUUGUAGCCAAGCUGUCAGGACACAACACCUGUGUGAGGGACGUGUCGUGGCACCCGUACGAGAAUAUCAUUAUGAGUACCUCAUGGGACAGCUGUGUAGCUAAAUGGACAUACCAAUACGAGGAUCCGUCUGAUGCAGAGGUCACACAGGAGUCAAGCUGGGACGAAGAUGAUGAGAAUGAUUCUGAUGAGGACUCGUAUUUACGACACCGUAGGAGAAGUGCACGAUUGAAAAUGAUGCAGAAAAGGAAAAGAAAAGCCAAUGUGUGUGUGGAAAGAUGUGGCUUACUGGAUUAGAUAAUCAGAAAACAGUGAAUCAGAUGCUGGUAUACACUGAUCUGGUAUAUUGUGAUAAGUGUCUGAUAAUCACGAAAGUGUCAAAUUACGGGGGAAAAAUUUGUGUGUGAAUGUGAAAAUUUUCUCUCUUCAGAUUAUUUCUGUGGAAAUUUUCACACUUUCACGCCUCAAACUUUUCUAAAUUAUUACAGAAAUUUUGAUGUUUUCUAUCUUCAAUUUAUUCCUGUGGAAUAUUUCACUCUAUCCUCAAACUGUUCCAGUGGAAUGGUUCAUUUUUACUGCCACUGUAAAGAUUUUAUACUUUGGUUUUAAGUCUGUGUUAUUGGGUUUUGUGCUGGGUAUCAAUAUGUUAUCCCAGCACAAAGAUUUUACAAUACUAUGAAACCAAGAUAAAUAUUACAAGUGUUAAGUAUAGCAGUUAUUGAAUUUAGAACCAGCAAUGUUUUGUCAUAUUUUGCAGCCAAAGGCGGACUAUUUUCAUGGCUAAAACUAUGUAUAUCUUCCAAAUUACUAUGAAAUAUUAUUCCAAAGCAUGCUGGCAGAUGCAGCUGUUUGCUAAUGUAAAAUUGUAAACAUACAUUGUGUAUUCUAUAUGAUUUGUUUAUGAUGCCAAUUCUUAUUUUGUUUUUUUGUGUUUUAUUUUUUUCUCUCAAAAAACAAAACAUUAUCAUCAGUGUGAUGGUUAGGGGGCUCAAGGUCAAGGUCAUAUCUAUGUACAUUUCAUGCUUAUAGUAGCUUCCCAAGACAAGGUCAAGGUCAAAGUAAGCCAUAUCUGUAUACAUUGCAUUGUCUAUAGGAAACUUGACAAGUUACAAGGUCAGGGUCAAAUCCAGCCACAUAUGUCUACACUGCAGUGUUUAAUGGAGCUCACAAGGUCAUGGUCAAAUCAAGUCAUAUCUCUAUACAUUAUCAUGUUGUGAAAGUGUCAUCCAUACUUAAAAAUAUAUUUCAGUAUUUUUAAAGCAGCUUAAUAUACUACAUAUAUAUACAAAUUCUACAUAUCAGGAUAUGUUAAUUAAGGCUGUUUUUGCAGAACCCAGUUGAAAAGGUUUAUGAGGUCUGAAAUUAUUCCAUCCACGUACUGGAUGUUGGACUUGAUAUAUGUUUGGAAAUUUCCUGUCCGGCAUAAAAAAAUGAACUAAAAUUAAAAUACCCUCCAUUUCACUCAUAUUUAAAACGCAAUGCUUCCAGAAAUAUGUGAGUACACUAACAUUGAAAUUCUGAAAUUUAAUGAUAUAUAUAUAAACUUUAUUUAUAUUACAACAAUUGCAAAACAAGUUAUGUCAACUUAUACUAAUCACUCUUGUUGGCCUGGAUGUAAGCGCGCGAGGGGUCUUAUUGUGGGAGGAAACCGGAGUACCCGGGGAAAACCCACGUGGUCGGGCAGGUGACCCCUUACCUUUUCACGUCCGUUCCGGGAAUCGGCUAGGUGAAAGGCGAGUGCGUUACCACCCGGCCACCCGAAAAAAUAUUCAGCAAGUUAGUUUCUGACAGGUACGGCUAGACCCUGCACUCUGCACAUGUCAAAUAUUCUGUAGUCCAGCAUUAGUCCCCGAUCUGCACCAGGUGUUUUUUAUACAGGUUCGACCGGUCCAAAAGUUUCAGCUGCUUACGCAAAAGCAAUCUAAUUUCUUCAUUGCUUUUUAGUUUUUAAUGCUUAUUUGUACAGACGUACACAAUCACCAGAGUAAUUCUUUAUACAAGUCAUUAUAUAAAUGUCUGUGAAGAUUUCUGAUUUGAGAUAAUUCCCAAGUGUCUAGAAUUGUAUUGAUGGAAAUAUGAAGCAUUAUGGUAUGUUUUUACCCUGAAAUAUCAACACACUGUGCGUGAUUGUACAAUAUAUGGUAUUUAUUUUGUACAUAGAAAUUUGAUCGUAAUGAUUGUAAAUGUAUUGUGAUUUGUUGAGCUGUUCUAUGCAAUUGUUUGAAUAAUGAUGUUGGUAAUAGCUUUUUGAGUAUACAACAUAACAAAAAUAUCGCAAAAGUGAAAUACCAACAAACAGUAGUUUUAGGAUUGUUGGGAUUUCUGAAACAACAGCAAAUAGCCAUGAGCCCGAAAAACAUGUCGGCACAUAUCUAAUGAACAUUAGGUUUAGAUUUGAUGUCAUUUGUUAUUUUGUUAAUAUAUGAAUUCAGGGAUUUAAAAUAUUCACUGCAUCAACACAGAAAAAAAAAAACCCACAAAUGUUUAUGAUUUAACGGUAAUGUUUUAAUUUGUUGCCAUAGUAACAUGUACAUCUCCCUUUUCUUGACAACAGAUUUGCUAAUUUGUGUUAGAAUAGAUAAUGAUAGAAAUUGAAUCAGACAGCUGAUAGAUACAAGUUUUUGUAAAAUAUCUCUGUUUAUCUUAUCUUAAGUUGUUAAGCACCCCUUCCCCCAUCUAUACACGCAUUGUAUGAUUCAUCGAUUGGUGACAAUCAAGCAUUUAACUUGACAUUGUGAUGCACACAUUUAAAAUUUGGGUAGUUAUAUGCCAUUAUUUACAGGACACUAACUUAGAUCAUUCACAAUGUCUUCCUGAUUGCUUGUUAUAUUAUUUUUUAGGGUAGUUUGUAGUGCAGUUUAUAUACUUUGAGUCUGUCGUAGAAUAAGAUUCGGGUCAGUGUUUCGAAACGACGAGGCGUAAUUGUGAUGUCCCAGAUUACGACAAAGGGUCAGUGUUUCUGAAUGACGGGUGUAAUUAUGAUGUCACAGAUUACAAGAAAGGGUCAGUGUUUCAGAACGACAGGUUGUAAUUGUCACAGAUUAAGACAAAGCUUCUAAAGACUAUAAAGAACCUUUGUAAUGAAAUCAAUCCCUAUAUGUUGUGAGUUUGUAUUUAGGUGAAAAAGCAUUUGCUAUUUCAACUUUAAAGCAGGAACGACUGUCUAGAUUCAUAGAGACAUACAGGAACCUGACAAAGGCCUCAAAUGAUAUAAUUUGAUAGCUACAUGACAUCUGGAACUGUCAAAACUGCCAGGACCCACAUGUUCAAAGGCUGGUUAAAGACAACCAGUGGUUAGUACACAUGCUCAAAGGCUGGUUAAAGACAACCAGUGGUUAGUACACAUGUUCAAAGGCUGGUUAAAGACAACCAGUGGUUAGUACACAUGUUCAAAGGCUGGUUAAAGACAACCAGUGCUUAGUACACAUGUUCAAAGGCUGGUUAAAGACAACCAGUGGUUAGUACACAUGUUCAAAGGCUGGUUAAAGACAACCAGUGCUUAGUACACAUGUUCAAAGGCUGGUUAAAGACAACCAGUGCUUAGUACACAUGUUCAAAGGCUGGUUAAAGACAACCAGUGGUUAGUACACAUGUUCAAAGGCUGGUUACAGACAAUCAGUUGUUAAUAUAAAUUUUACGACAUUGAUUGAACGGAACUGGAAACAUUCUCUACAAUUUCCUAGCAGUAAAUUUGCUGAGACGAGUUCGGCUGAUAUAUUUUGAGUGUUAAUUUUACAAUCAACACUUACGUUUUUUCAGUGGAAGCUGUUUGAAUUUUUUGCUUAACCACUCGUUAACAUUAACCUUUGAGAGCAGCAGGGGUCACAAGUCAACGACCAAUGUCUACGAGAUGUAAUGUCCUAGACAUAGAGCACAGACUUAUAAUGGAACUAACGGCAGUAAAUGCGAGUGAUUAUUUAUGGUCAGGUGUUGGUGUACUGUUUUAUGAAUACAGGUAGCUGAAACUUGUCUAGGAAACUCCAAAUUGUAGAAAUAUCUGACAGGAAAUAUGCAAAAUCAGGUCAGGAUUUUCUUGUAUAGUUAAUUAAUGUGACAACAUGUACUACAUCAUAAUUUCAAAUUCUCAGUAAAUGCUGUUGAUAUAUUCUAGUGGCCGUUACUACAUGAAGAUAUCACUACUUCCCCCAUCAUCUCCUUGCUUUUUAUCUAUUGUUCCUAUGAGAUGUUUUUAAUAGUUCCUUGUAGUAACGGUAAGCCAGUGCACUAAGGUUAGAUGGUAAGCCAGUGCACAAAGGUUAGAUGGUAAGCCAGUGCACAAAGUUAGAUGGUAAGCCGAUGCACAAAGGUUUAAUAGUAAGACGGUGCACAAAGGUUUAAUAGUAAGACGGUGCACAAAGGUUAAUGCAAAAUCAUUUUUGUGGAACUUUACAUUUAUGCUUUUUUAAAACUGUACCAACAAAAAACGUUUUGGAUUAAGUAAAACCUAUUUUACUUUCAGCAAAAGACAGUUUGUAUUUGGCAAAAGAGCAUUUUACAUGGGUAAAAAUGCAUUCUGCAGUCAUCUAAAAGCAUUUUCCAUUUUCCUUUCAACUUUAUUUUUGUCAUAAUUUGUUGUUUUUGACUAAACAAAUUAUAUAUAAAAUUUUAACAUGUUUCCGAAGAGUAA